UUAAAAAACAAUUUUCUUGUUUCAUACAGCUGUAUUACCAAGUCCUAAAUUUUGCUAUGAUAGUGUCCUCUGCCCUUAUGAUAUGGAAAGGGCUGAUCGUCAUUACUGGAAGUGAAAGUCCUAUUGUUGUGGUGCUCAGUGGCAGCAUGGAACCAGCUUUUCACAGGGGAGACCUGCUGUUCCUAACGAAUUUCCAUGAUGACCCAAUCAGAGCUGGUGAAAUAGUUGUUUUUAAAGUUGAAGGCAGAGACAUUCCAAUAGUUCACAGAGUAACCAAAAUACAUGAAAAAGAAAAUGGGAACAUCAAGUUUCUGACCAAAGGUGAUAAUAACGAAGUUGAUGAUAGAGGCUUGUACAAAGAAGGUCAGAACUGGUUAGAGAAGAAAGAUGUGGUUGGAAGAGCAAGAGGAUUUUUGCCUUAUGUUGGUAUGGUAACUAUAAUAAUGAAUGACUAUCCAAAAUUUAAGUAUGCUCUUCUGGCAGUAAUGGGAGCUUAUGUACUACUGAAACGCGAAUCCUAAAAAAAAGUUGCUUUUCCAAGAACAAAGUUAAAUAUACGGGGGGGAAACUAAUAUAUUUCAGAUGUUUUCAUUUCUGUGUACAGUUCCAAAACUCUGCAAGCUUUUGUCAUGUCUAAAUAAACUCGAACUGAUG